AUGAUCCCCGCCAACAUCCUUGCCAUCUGCUAUCCUUCCCUCACCUUGCCCACUGGUUCGUCCAUUGAUGUCCAACCUUUUCUUGAUGGACUUGUCCCUGGCUCUGCUUGGCCACUGCUCGCCCUCAAGGAUUUCCGUUCCCUAUGCAAAUUCCACCCUAGUCCCACUCGUUCCAUUGUCCCCACUAUCUCUUCCCGCUCUCUUCAUCGCUGGUGGUCGAUCCCCCUCCCCCACAGCGCACGCAACGUGUGGUACUGCACUUGGCAUAAGAAGAUACCCUGCCGUUCUCACCUACACUUCCAAAUACCACUGGCUUUCCCUGACCCCACUUGCGCCAUGUGCUCUGGGGACUUGGAUUUGCAAACUCACUUUCUGUUCGACUGCCCUGCCAAGCUUGCGGUCUGGUCUUCCAUCUGGACCACUUUGUUCGCCUUUCCCAUCACUUCUGACUCAAUUCACUCUUGUUUCUACCUCCUCAACUUCCCGCCCUCCAAGGACACUACUCUCUCAUCCGCCUCCAUCUUCGGGUGCACACUACUGGCUAUAUGGCAACACCACUGGCUCUUUGUAUUUGAUCAAGUUCCUUUUAUCCCAUCUGCCACCUUGUCUACCACUCAUAUCCUCCUUAACCGACUCCGGAACGAGAUCGCUCUUGACCAUGGGUCAAUUUAG